AUGUUUUCUGAUCAAAAUAAUAAUAGUAAUAGUAAUAAUAAUAAUAAUAAUAACAAUAAUAAUAAUAAUAACAAUAAUAACAAUAAUAAUUCUAGUCCAGUUUUUCUUUCAGAAUUUAAAUUAUCUAAAUUAUCACAUUUCCUUACUAACACUGAAAAUAUUAAUAUUAAUAGUUCACCAAUAAUGCAAGGUAAAGGAUUAUCAGAUACUAACCAAACAAAGGUUGAAUUGAGAAAUAAAUUGAUAAAUAAAAAUUCAAAUUCAAAUUCACCAAUAAUAAAUGGUACUCCAACUCCAAACUCCCCAUCACCAUUAUUCAACUCAUCGUUACUACCACCAUCAUCUCCUUCCAUAAAUAAUAAUAAUAAUAAUAAUAAUAACACUAAUAAUAGUAAUAAUAAUAAUGUACAAAAAACUCCAAUGAAUACAAAUUUAAAUUUAAAUAAUAUUAAUUUAUAUAAUACUAUAAAUAGUUCACAAUCAGUACCAUCAUCACCACAAGGUUUGAAUCAAUCAAAUUCAUCACCAUUAUUAAAUCAAUCAUCACCAAGUUGUUUUAUGAAACAACCUCAAUUCAAUAACCAAAUCCAACAACCACCAGUACCACCACAACAGUUACAACCACAACAACCACAACAACCACUACAACCACAACAACCUCAACAAUUUCCACAACUACAACAACCACAAUUACCAAUUCAACAACAACAACAACAACAACAACUACAACAACAAAAUCAACAAUUCUUUAAUGGAUACCCACAACAAACUAAUAGUGGACCACCAUCAUUUUCUGAAUAUUGUGAUCCAUCUAUUUCAAUAGCAUCACAAAGAAGAUCUUCUUACCCUGGUGUAACAACAAUGUCACCAAAUUUAAUGGGUUUACCAAUUAACAAUCAAGUUCCAAUUCAAUUCCCACCUUCACAACAAGAAUUAGGAUUUUCACCACCAUAUUAUCCAGUGUAUUAUACUCCACCACAACAAUACUAUUUUCAACAAUCAAUGUAUCAAUAUCCACAACCAAUGCCACCAAAUCAACAAAUGUAUACUAAUGGACAACCAAUUCAAACCCAACCAACAUUUCAUAUUGGAACACCUCCACAACCACAACAAGCAAUGUAUACUAAUGGAGCCUAUAUGAAUGGUGCACCAAUUCAAAACAAUAAUAUACAAUAUCAACAACAACAACAACAACAACAACAACAAUUACAAAUGCAACAACAACAAUUACAAAUGCAGCAACAACAAACAAUUCAACAACAAAUGCAACAACAACAACAACAACAACCAAUUCAACAACAAUCUCCACCCCAACAACAAGCAAAUAUACUGUCAUCAACAUCAACUUCAUCAUCAUCAAUACCAAUAAAUACAAACCCAUUAAUUAAUGAUUCAGCUGUUGAUGAUGACGAUGGUUUAACAGAAACAAGUAAAUUAAAACCAUCAAAUUUAGCAGCUACUAAAAUUAAAGUUGGAGAAUGGGAAUGUUCUGCAUCAUUCCCAGGUGAUAUCAUUGCAAAAUUUUAUUUUACAAAAAAACAAAUCGUUUGGGAACUUUUAAAACUUGGUUUAAAAAGCAAAAUGGUCAUUUCAUUUAGUGAAAUUACUGCAGUAAAAGUUGAAGAUACAUCAGAUGAUUCAGCAACAUUAUCAAUUGAAAUUAGUAAAGCACCAAAAUUUUAUAAAGAAGUUAAUCCACAACCAAAAAAAAAUACAACAUGGAAUUUAUCAAAUGAUUUCACAGAUAAUCAAAGUGCAUCAACCUAUAGAAGACAUAUCCUAACUUUUAAAAAAUCAUCAUUAGCUAAGAAUAUCGUUAAACUACAUAAAAGUGACCAAAAAUUGAAAAAAUUAAUUGAAAAUCAACAUUUUACAACAAAUGAUAUUUAUUUACCUGGUGAAUCUCCAACUGAUGAUUAUUCAUAUAGUAAUAAUAAUAAUAAUAACAAUAAUAAUAAUAAUAUGAAUAAUAAUAAUAACAAUAAUGGUAAUAAUAAUAUUAAUAAUAAUAAUAAUAAUAAUGGUAAUAAUAAUAAUAAUAAUAAUAAUAAUAAUAAUAAUAAUAAUGGUAUUAAUAAUAAUGGUAAUAAUAAUGGUAAUAAUAAUAGUGGUAAUAAUAAUAAUAAUAAUAGCAAUAAUAAUAAUAAUAAUAAUAAUAUGAAUAAUAAUAAUAAUAAUAUUAAUAAUAUUAAUAAUAUGAAUAAUAAUGAUAAUAGUUGUAAUAAAAUAAAUCUUUCAUCUUCAAUACCAACAUCAUCAUCAAAUUAUAACUCAUCAUCCCCAAUAAAUGAUUGUAAUGAAAAGAAGAAAUGUCCAGAUAAUAAUAAUAAUAAUAAUAAUAAUAAUAAUAAUAAUAAUAAUAUUAACAAUAGUAAUAAUAAAUGUAAUAAUAAUGUUUUUAAUAGUAGUAAUGGAUCAGAUCAUUUCCAACAUAAUAAUAACAAUAACAAUAAUAACGAUCAUUUAGUCGAUUAUCAAAAUAAUAAUAAUAACAAUAAUAUUAAUAAUAAUAAUAAUAAUAAUAAUAGCAAUAAUAAUAGUUUAACAUCGUCAACAAUUAUGAAUAAUAGCACCAAUUCAAUAUCACCAUCAUCAAAUAUGAAUGGUAGUGGAUUCGUUGAUAUACCCAAUGGUAAUAAUAGUACAAAUAAUAGUUAUGCAUCAUAUCAGUCAACUCCAAUUAUUACUAGUGGUGCUAAUAUUUCUUCUGAUAAUUUCUAUUAUGUACCACCAGUUACAAAUAGUAAUAAUAAUAAUAAUGAAAAUAUAAAUAAUAGCGGUGAUAAUUUAAACAAAAAUACAAAUACUACUAAUAAUAACAACAAUAACAAUAAUAAUAAUAAUCCAUUAUCAUUUAUAUCUCCCCAACACAAUCCAUUGUAUUUUGAAAAUAAUAAUAUCAAUAAUAGUAAUAAUAAUAAUAGUAAUAACAAUAAUAAUGUUUUAGGCGGCAAUUUUAAACAAAAUUUAUAUUCACCAGAUUAUAGUAAUAAUAGCCCACAACUUUCAAAAGGAUUCCAAAAUAUGGGUUUAAAUUCACCUUCUAUAAAUUUUAAUAAUAAUAAUAUUGGUGAUGGUAUAAUACAACAACAAACUUCACCAAUAUAUUAUGAUAAUAAUAUUGGUGUGGUUGUUGAUAAUAAUAAUAAUAUUAAUAAUGCCUUUCAUAAACAAAAUGCAAGAUAUUACUAUAAUGAUACUAAUAAUAUUAAUAUUGCAAAUAAUAAUGGUUUGGAAAAUAAUAACAAUAAUAAUACUGUUACUUCUGAAGGCAAUGAUGAAAUUGAUGAAAAAUCAAGAUCAAAAAAAUUAAAAAAAAAUGUAUAA